GAGCGAGGGGAGGGGGGGGGAGGAGGAGGAGCAGGAUGACUUCAUGCAGCCGGAGCGCCGUGAAUUUGGGCUCAGCAGCUGCAGCUGGAUAUGGUGGGGGGUGAAUGACAGGCAGCACUACUGCCGGGCGUCUGCCCAGCGCACCCUCCCCCCCGCCUUGUAUCGAAACGGCCGCCGCAGGGGAUCGCCAAGAAGCAUAGGCGGCCGCCGCAGGGAGAGCGAGGAAGAUGCGUUGAAUCGGUCGUCCGGAAGGUAUUGCUAUGUGGAUACUUGUUAGCAAUGACUGAUGUGGAAUCAACAUAUGCAGAUUUCAUUGCUUCUGGAAGAACUGGGAGGCGAAAUGCACUUCAUGAUAUCCUUGUAUCCUCUACAAGUGGGAAUUCUAGUGAACUGUCCCUAAAGUUAUCAGAACUUGAUAUAAACAAAACUGAAGGCGAAGGAGAUGCACAAAGAAAUCCCACUGAGGAAACUGGGGAAGCCCAGGCGGAAGCAGCAAAACAAGAAAGCUGACAUCCCACACUGACUGACAGAGGCAGCAGCUUGUGGGAUGCUUUCCAACUGCAGGGGCCUGUUAGAAAAAACAUGUCUUGUGUAAGCAAGCUAAUAAAUGCAAAAAUGGGUGUGUUUUGUUACUGGAACCUGCAUGGCACAAUGUUGCAAAUGGGAAAGCAGAUUAUAGCAGCAAACAGGACUUUCUCUACCUCGGUUAGCAAUGGUUGAGACUUUUGUUGCUGAUCUUGAGACUCUUUGUCUGAUUGAUCUCUUCACAAUGACCACUUGAGGAAAUGCCCGUAGGAAGUAGAGCAAGCUAGAUUUUGUAGCAAAUGGCCUUCACCUCACCAGAGGCUUGACGUGCGUUGUAUGACAAUGGCUUCCGUGAUCUUCAGAGGUUGUCUGGCUAAAGUGUUCACUUGUUUUCAAAAAAUAUACCUGUAAGGGAAGCACUGUUUGUUUUUUUUAAAGAACUCAGCUUCUGUGUUUUCAGCUGUUAUUUACAAUGUUUUAUAUUGUACAAUUUAGAUGCUCCACACUGCCCCUUCUCAAAAUGCUUAUGAAGGUAACUUCUGUGACUGUGAAUUUUUUCUACCACUUGUAAGGGCUGGGGUUGUUGAUCUCUUCCCUCCUCCUUUGCAUAGUAUGGUGAUAUGCACAUGAUAGAUUAUAAUGUCAGAUGCUAAACUGAUGAAAUUGCUGAAACUGAAGAUUCAUCAGCAUUUUUUUUUCAUUUCAAGAUGAGCAUACAAUGUAAUUAAUGUAUCGUCUGUUGUGUCUUGUGUUUUCUUGGUAAAGUUUGAUCAUUUUACUUGUAGCUCAUUGGAAAUCCAAGAUUCUGUUUGAAUCUUCAUUUUUUCUUUAACCUCAUCAUUCAAAUAAUUAUUGUGUCAUUUUUUAAAAAAAAUCAUAUUAUUAGAAGGACAAUAGUUUUAAGAGUAAAUUCAUCAGUAUAAUUUAAAGAGAGAUAUAUGAGGGCGUUUUUGUGUAAUGGGGAAGAGAUAAGGGAGAAAUUCCAGAAUGCUGGUGAAUAUCUUUUUUCUUUCAAUGAAGUUGUGUUUGAAACUGGGGGGGGGGGGGGGGUCUCAAUAAAGAAAAUUGCAGAGUAAAUUGAAUAUUCCCAUGGCAAUCACAUGGACACUGAUCACAAAGUUGUGUUUUUUUAAAAAAAAGCCCUAAUGUUUGCUUCAUCAAAAAGGAAGUGAUAUCACUUUUUGUUUCAAAUGUUAUACACUUUCUAAAUGUUUGUAAACUAUACUAAAGGAUUAGUGUAAUUUUGCUUUCAAGUAAAUUUGAACGUUGGUUAAUGAAACAUCCUUUACUGUUGUAGCCAUGGCUGUUGUUUCUACAAUAUAAUACAUAUUGUGGUUAACUGUCA